AUGUGUGACCCAAUUCGACCCCAAACAGCUGGAACGUGGGUUGGCUCGGUUGCUUCCAAAAGUGGUAAGUACCAUGUCACAGUCGGACACGAUACCAACAUGGGGAAGUGUACGUUCUUCAGAGAAGCUACCACAGCAGCCACUAACGGCAGUGUCGUAAGUGCGGCUAGCAACUGCAAUGUAAAUACCAUUAACACGACGCAGAACAACGACAACGCCGCUACUGUUAAUUGCACAGCUGGUGGUACUUGGAAUGGCUGUGGUUCAAUUUCUGCUCUUGAAGUUGAUACAAAUGCAGUUAGGUCUAAUGCAAAAGUUGGUGUCAGUGAUGCAGGCGUUGCUACUGGCUGCGAGAGGUUUGAUUUCACGAAGGACUAUGUUUAUGUGGAGGAGUUGACUGAAAAUAAGGAGGAUUAUUUCAGCAUAUUUAAAAAUAAAAAUCUCCCGCCAUUGCUACAAGUCAGAGCCGUGAAUACUUCUGGGCACGAGGCAGCUAAACAGCAUAUCAAAACCACCUUUACCAACCUCAACUGGAGUUACGAGGAGGACAACUUCCAGGCGGAUACACCCAUAGGUAGGGUCCCAUUCUCCAACAUCAUCGUGACCUCGGACCAACACGCCGACAGGAAAUUGAAAAGUUUCAGCAUGUUGUCAGCAACGGCGCCGUCAACCUACUUCGAAAAUGAUUACUAUUCUGCGGACAUUGGCGACGAUCAUUUACCAUUCAUGCAAAAAAACGUGCGUAUCUUGCACCUGAUCAGUUACCCAUUUCCGUCUGUCUGGCAUACAUUAGCGGACGACGAAAAACAUAUACAUUAUCCCACUGUCCAGGAUCUACUCAAGAUCUUCACGGCCUUCGUGGCUGAAUAUUUGAACAUCAAUGUCCAAUAA